AGACAGUAGUUUGCAGACAUCACUUAUGUCUACAUUUAUUGUUUAAUUUCAAUAUUGUUUAUUAAAUGUAAUAUCUAUACCAUUAUUACCAAAAUGAAAACUUUAUUAAUUUUGUGUCUAACAAUAAUUGGUUUCAUAUGCAAACCCACGACUGCUGUUACCAAAGAGAUUCAGGAUUUAUGGCAAAUAUCGUCCAAAACAGAGACAACAGCUCAACAAACAGCAGCUGAUGAACUAAUCGCCAGAAUUAUACCCAAAAGAGCGCAUGAAUUUCAAGUCAUAAUCGAUACAAAACUAUUGCAAACCGACAAUAAGGAUAAGUUUAUUUUAGAGAGCGUUUCAAACAAUAGCAUCCGAAUCACUGCAACGAGUGGUGUGAGCGCUGCCAAUGGCUUCAAUUACUAUCUUAAAAAGUAUCUCAAUUGUCACAUCUCUUGGUCUGGCGAUCAGCUUAAUAUACCUGAUGGUCCCCUCCCUGUUAUCAGUGCACCUCUAACUGUAGUCAUUCAAGACAAACUGCGUUACUAUCAGAAUGUGUGUACAGUUAGCUAUUCAAUGGUUUGGUGGGAUUUUAAGCGAUGGGAACGAGAAAUCGAUUGGAUGGCAAUGAAAGGUAUCAAUUUUCCCCUCGCUUUUAAUGGCCAGGAAUACGUUUGGCGAAAGGUAUUUCAAACAUUUGGUCUAACAAUACCCGAAAUAGAUGAGUACUUUACGGGACCUGCAUUUCUGGCAUGGAACCGUAUGGGUAAUGUUCAGGGCUGGUCGGGUCCUUUAAGUGACAAUUGGCACAAAGUGCAGGCAAUAUUACAAUCACAAAUAUUGGCGCGUAUGAGAUCGUUGGGUAUGAUUCCAGUGUUGCCAGCAUUUGCCGGACACGUGCCCCGCAAUAUUACACGCAUUUGGCCCAAAGCUCAAGUGUCUAGACUUAGCGAUUGGGGAAAAUUUAACCAAACAUUUUGUUGCACAUAUUUUCUGGAACCAGAAGAUCCACACUUUGUUCAAAUCGGAUCCGCAUUUAUUAGUGAAUACACAUCGAUGUACGGAACCGAUCACUUCUAUAACACUGAUCUUUUUAAUGAGAUGACACCAAAAACCAAUCAAACAUCAUAUCUUACCGAUUGUGGAAAUGCUGUUUAUCAGAGUUUGAUUAAAUCCGAUCCUCAAUCUGUUUGGGUGAUGCAAGGGUGGCUAUUUGUUAAUGAUCCCGGUUAUUGGCAUAAAGAACAGGCCAAAGCUUUAUUGACAUCUGUGCCUAAGGAUGUGUUUGAAGCGAGAGCUAAAUAUGAGAAUAUGUUAGGCAUUGGUCUCACACCAGAAGGCAUCGAACAAAAUGAUAUAAUCUAUGACUUUAUGACCGAAAGCACGUGGUAUUCAGCGCCGGUUGACCUCAACCAAUGGGUCACUCAAUACGUCCGCCGGCGUUACAACUAUAUUAAUGAAGAUAUCACUAAAGCCUGGAAUCUAUUACAAAAUAGUGUAUUCACAGAUGGUAUAAAAGUGCACAAUCACGGCGAGUAUACCAUCAAUAAGAGACCAUCGCUUAAAUCACAUUCAGUCUUGUGGUACAAACCUUCGGAUGUGUUUAACGCUUAUAAAUUAUUUAUCAAUGCAUCGACUGUUUCUCAGCUCAAAAAUAGCUCAACCUUUCAGUAUGAUUUGGUUGACAUAACUCGACAAUCAUUGCAAUUGGCUUUUGAUGUGAUUUACGCCAAAUUAGUUCUUUCUUAUGAAGCAAAAAAUGAAACCGAAUUGAAGAACUUGUCGACUGUUAUCUUAACACUAAUGGAUGAUAUGAACGAUAUAUUGUCUACAAAUGAGUAUUAUUUAUUAGGAAAAUGGAUUAAUAGCGCCCGAGCACUGGCUGUUAGCGAUCAGGAAAGAUUGUAUAACGAAUAUCAAGCAAAAAAUCAGAUAACAAUAUGGGGACCAAAUGGGAACGUAAGUGUUAUG